ACGCGGCAAUGGCUGACACCACGACGUCACCGGCGCGCUGACGUCACCGCGCGCGUGACGUCACCGCGCGGCGGGGCAGCGGCCGCCCGACCCGUCGCGGCCAUUUGAGGGACUCGGUGGCGGAAGGAGGCCAGGAGGAGGCCGGGCAGAGGCCGGGGAAGGGCCGGGGAGCCGCGGGGAAGGAGCCCCGAGGAGCCGGAGGGGCCGCAGGGCCCGGGAAGGGGCAGCGAUGUCGGCGGGGGGAGCGCCCCAGCCCGCCCACGCCCUGGAUCUGCUCCCGUAUUCCCGGCUGAGCCCGGCGCCGCGGGCCGGAUCCCAGCUGGAUGCCGUGGGCGCCGAGAUCCCCUCGGAUCCCUGCACAGGGUACCGGUUCUUUAAGCCGGGGGGUUUGUUCGGGAUGAAGCCGCCGGAGGAGCCGUUCGGAGCCGCGCGGACGGGCCCGGAGGAGUCCAAGGCCCUGGGCAGCCCCUGCGCUGUGGAGCCCGGGCGGGUGAGCAAGGUGGAGCCCGAGGAGAAGCCCGGGAUUGGCGCCGGCUCCCUGGAGCUGUUCCCGGCCGCCGCGGGCGGCAGCUCCGGCCGCUGGUUCCCCGGUGGGCAGCGCGGCCCCGAGCCCCCCCGGGACCCCCCUGCCCCCCGCGCCGGCUGCUGGGGGGCCCAGGGGGGCGUCCCCGGCCCCUUCCGCUGCGCCCAGUGCGGGAAGGGCUUCCGGCAGAAGCAGAGCCUGGUGACGCACGAGCGCAUCCACACCGGGGAGAAGCCGUUCCGCUGCGGGGACUGCGGCAAGAGCUUCAGCCAGCGGCCCAACCUGCUGACGCACCGGCGCGUGCACACGGGCGAGCGGCCCUUCCCCUGCGCCCAGUGCGGCAAGAGCUUCUCGCAGAAGGCCAACCUGCUGGCGCACCAGCGCAUCCACGGCGCCCACCCCGAGGAGGGCAAGGCGCGGGCGCGGGCGCCGGCGCGGGGCUGCCCCGAGGACGCGCCCUUCGUGUGCCCCGAGUGCGGCAAGAGCUUCCGACAGAAGCCCAACCUGAUCACGCACCGGCGCAUCCACACGGGCGAGCGGCCCUUCUCCUGCUUCCUGUGCGGCCGCAGCUUCAACCAGAAAACCAACCUGGUGACGCACUACCGGGUGCACACAGGUGAGCGGCCCUUCGCCUGCGCCCAGUGCGGCAAGCGCUUCACCCAGAAAACCAACCUGGUCACGCACCAGAGCACCCACACCGACCUGCGCCCCUUCCCCUGCGCCCAGUGCCACAAGUGCUUCAAGGACAAGGUGUCCCUCAAGGCCCACCAGAAGACGCACAUCCCCCGCCAGCGCCGCUGCCCCGCGCGCGGCCCGGCCCCCGCCGCGCCCUUCGGGGCCGCGCCCGCCCUGCUGCCCCCCGCGCCCGCCCCACAGGACCCCGCUCCCUUCGCCCCGCUCCCGCCCGCCCCCAAGCUCCCCGAGGGCGCCGCCGAGCUGUUCCCGUGCCCCGAGAAGGGCUUCCCCCCCCCGCCCCCGGCCGAGCCCUCCUUCCCCUGCGCCCACUGCGGCGACGGCUUCUGCCCCAAGGUGCCCCUGCUGCGGCCCCCCGAGGCGCCCGCCGCGCCCUUCGCCCCCGGCCCGCCCCUCCUGGGGCCCCUGGGGGCGCAGCCGGGGCCGGGCGAGGCCGUGCUCUCCCCGGAAAAGCCCUUCAUCUGCAAUCAGUGCGGCAACAGCUUCGGGCUCUGGCUCGCCCUCGUCGCCCACCAGAAGAGCCACGCGGGGCACAAGCCGUGCCCCGGCGCCCCCCCUGCGGAGCCGGGCGCCGAGCAGCCCCCCGGGUCCCCCCCGGGGGCGCGGGCGGGCGAGGGCCGGCCCUGGCCGUGCCCCGAGUGCGGGCGGGGCCUGGCGCAGUGCGAGCGGGCGCCGCGGCACGGGCACGGCGCCGGCGGGCGCGGCCCCUUCCGCUGCGACACCUGCGGCAAGCGCUUCAGCCUCAAAACCAACCUGGCCACCCACCAGCGCAUCCACACAGGUGAGCGGCCCUUCACCUGCGGCGUCUGCGGCCGCCGCUUCAACCAGAAGGGCAACCUGGUGACGCACUACCGGGUGCACACGGGCGAGCGCCCCUUCGCCUGCGCCCAGUGCGGGAAGCGCUUCGCCCAGAAGCCCAACCUGCUGGCACACCAGAAGACGCACCUGGGCCGCCAGCCCUUCACCUGCCUCGAGUGCCCCAAGCGCUUCAAGAGCAAAUUGUCCCUGCGGGUGCACCAGCGCGUGCACACCGGGACCCCCGGCCCGGCCCCCGGCACCCUGGACCCCGCCGGGAGCCCCUUCCCCUGCGGGCUCUGCGGGGAGGCCUGUGCGGAGCACGGGGGGCUCCGGCCGGGCCAUGGCGGCGGCGAGCGGCCCCACACCUGCGCCGAGCAGCUGCACACCUGCGCCAAGUGUCCCCACGCUUGUGCCGAGCGUCCCCACGCUUGUGCCGAGCGUCCCCACGGCUGCGCCGAGCGGCUCCACACCUGCCCCGAGCAGCGCCGCACCUGCGCCGAGCAUCCCCACGCCUGUGUGGAGCAUCCUCACGCCUGUACGGAGCAUCCUCACGCCUGUACGGAGCAUCCUCACGCCUGUGAGCGACCCCACACCUGCGGGCAGCCGCAGCCUCAGCCCUGCGCCGAGCGGCCGCACCCCUGUGCUGAGUGUCCCCACCCCUGCGAGCAGCCCCACGCCUGCGGCAAGCGGCCCCACGCGUGCGAGCAGCCCCACGGCUGCGCCGAGUGCCCCCGCGGCUGCGCCGAGCAUCCUCGCACCUGCGCCGAGCAUCCCCACCCCUGCGAGCGGCCCCACCCCUGUGCCGAGCGGCCCCACGGCUGCGCCGAGCAGCCCCACGCGUGCUCCGAGUGUCCCCACGCGUGCUCCGAGUGUCCCCACGGCUGCGCCGCCGAGCGGCCCCACGCCUGUGCCGAGUGCGGGAAGCGCUUCCGGCAGAAGGUGAACCUGGCCGUGCACCUGCGGACGCACACCGGGGAGCGGCCGUUCCGCUGCGCCGACUGCGGCAAGGGCUUCAGCCAGAAGGCUCACCUGCUGCGGCACCGCCGCACCCACGGCGCCGGCCUGGCCCCCCCCUGCGCCGCCGGCGACCCCCUGGCCAAGGGCCCCGAGCCCCCCGCGCUGCUGCUGCCGCCCUGCUCCCGCGGGGCGCCCCCGGCGCGCCCCGACAGCCCCUCGGGCGCCGCCGACAUCCUCCUGCAGCUGAUGCAGGACGAGCCCCCGCCCGGCCCCGGCGCCGCCCCGGCCCCGGUGCCCCCCUGUAAGUGCCCCGGGGGCGGCCCGAGCCCCCGGGCGCCGGGGCUGCCCCCGCCGUGCUGCUGCGCCGCCUGCCUGGCCCCCCGCCCUCCCGAGCCCCCCCGCGGGCAGCUCUGGGCCAAGGCCGGCGGCUGCGCCCGCGCCUUCGACGAGAAGCGAGUGCCGGGAGCGCCGGAGCGCGAGUGUGGCGAGGAGAAACCGGCCCCGUGCCCCGGCUGCCUGUGAGCCCCGGGACCCCCCGGCUGCCUGCGACCCCCACGCUGGGACCUGCGCUGAGACCCCCCCACCAGGACCCCCACCCUGCCCCGGCCGCCUGCGAUCCCCCACACUGGAACCCCCAGUGAGACACCCCCAGCAAGGACCGGCCCUCGGCUCAUGGGGUCACCCACGGCGAGCCUGGAGGAGAUGGAGCCCAGGGGACAGAGCCAAAAAACGGAGCCAAGGGGACAGAUCCAGAGGGACGGAGCCGAGGGGACAGAGUCAACGAGAUGGAGCCAGAGGGGACAGAGCCAAAAGGAUGGAACUGAGGGGACAGAGCCAAAAGGAUGGAACCGAGGGGACAGAGCCAAAGGGACGGAGCUGAGGGCUCGGUGCCAAGGUGAUACUGCCAGCCAGAUUCAGCACUGGGACUUGGAGGAACCUCCAGCCGAGGCUGUGGGGCAAAGCAGAGCCAGGCUGGGACAUGGCACAUUCCUGGCUUGGGAAGACACCAAAGGGCUGGAGGAGCCAGCGCUGGGGCUGGAUCUGCCGUGUGGGCUCCAGCCACACAGACCAGGAAGAGCUGGGCACAGUGGAGUUGCAUCCACUGGAGCCAGACUUGGGACAAGAGGGGCCCUCAAGGGCUCCCUCUGCUUCCAGAACCUUCCAGCCUGUUCCGGACUGGAUGGCAUUCCCUAAGGACAUGCUGGGAUGGGAGGCUGGGCCCGCCCUGCAGCGGGCUGACCCCUGGGGUCCCCAGUGCAGCUCCAUGCGGGGGGCUGGGAGCGCACUGGGCAAACAGCCAGGAAAAGGAAAAGGGACUGGAAGGGCUCAGCUCUGCUUCCAGAAGGGCCCGGAGACGCCUCCGGUGCCGGGGGGAUGGGGGGCAGCUUGUGCUUCUGCUUGCUCUGGGUAACUGCGCGCUUUGGGACUCGAUAUCCGGAUGGGGAAGGGUGAC